AGGGUUGAAAUCACUCGCUCUCCAGUCCCUUCGAGGAGGCCUAGUAUCAAGCAGUGCAGGGAAGAUCAGAGUGUGCCGUUUGCGGUAUCGUUGCGGAAGAUACAAGUGAGCUAGGAAUAUCGUGUGGAAGAUCGUACAGAAUGACCACGAUUCCACAGUUCUUCUCCGGGAAGAAUGUCUUCAUCACUGGCAUUUCCGGUUUCCUCGGCAAGGUUCUGAUGGAGAAAAUACUAAGAUCGUGCCCGGACGUGGGGGCCGUUUAUGUCCUACUUCGCGAGAAGAGAGGAGUUAGUAGUCAGCAACGUAUCGAGGGGAUUCUCGCCACGCAGCUUUUCGAUGACCUCCGAAGCUGUAGUCCCGAGAGCUUCGCCAAGGUUAAGCUGGUCACGGGCGACCUCUUGGAACACAGGAUUAUACCUGACGAUGGCGAUCUGGAAAUGCUCCAGAACACAAUCGACGUCGUAAUUCACUCAGCAGCUUCGGUCCGUUUUUCUGAACCGCUUAUCAACAGUAUCGACAUCAAUCUCAAGGCAACAUAUAAGAUGCUCGAGCUGGCGAAAACGAUGAAACAUUUACAUUCCUUCGUCCACGUUUCAACGGCCUACUCGAAUUGUCAGCUCAAGAAAGUGAGAGAAGAGAUCUACAAGUGCGAGUUCGACCCAGUUAACCUGCUGUCAAUGAGUGAAUGGAUGUCAGAGAAACUCAUGGAGCAUCUAACUCCGAAGAUUCUGGAGGAUAGGCCGAACACCUACACUUUCACGAAAGCGAUGGCCGAAAUUCUUGUCGAGCAAUACUCUUCUUGCUUACCGAUCGCGAUCGUCAGACCGUCGAUCAUCACCGGAGCCGCCUUAGAGCCCUUGCCAGGUUGGGUGGAUAACUACAAUGGUCCCAACGGUCUGCUCAUCGCACUCGGCACCGGAGCUCUCACAACUCUAUAUAGUCAACUUGACUGCGUUGCCGAUUUGAUUCCCGUGGAUUUCGUGGCGAACACGAUCCUCGCAGCUGCCAAGCAUUCGAAAGACGGUUUCAAGAUCUACAACUGCACCUCGGGCUCUCAAAACCCGAUAAAAUGGCGGAAAUUCAUGGAGGAAUCGGUCGAUUUCCCGCAUCGAUUUCCCUCAAUGUCCAUCGUUCGCUACCCGCAGCCGAGAAUUACCACACAUAAAGGACUGCACAAAAUACGUCUCUUCCUCCAACACUACGUUCCGGCCCAGGUGGUCGAUGCUGCGCUGCGAUUGGCUCGGAAGAAACCAAUGGCAGCGAAACUCUACCAAAGACUCUCGGCGUCGAUGGACCUCCUGGAAUUUUUCGCGACGAACGAAUGGGUUUUCGACAACACGAAUACCCAGAAUCUUUUCGCGGGUCUACACAAGAGCGACAAAGAUGAAUUCAAUUUCGAUGUGCGUACCAUAGAUUGGCCAUCGUAUGUGCAUACCUAUUGCAGCGGAAUCCGGCGAUAUCUACUCAAAGAAGACUCUUCGAAUCUAGAGCAAGCCAGAGCUCACGUGAGACGGCUCAAGUACAUCAAACAUGCUUAUGAUAUAUGCGGAAAUGUACUCUUGACGUGGGGCGCGUGGAAGGCGUGUUGCACAAUGCUCCUAUGAGCUGACUUCGGUGUACCUUCUAGGAGGCUUUUCGCGAAUCUGCGACAUAGAUAUGUGACGUCAUUCGAUUCGGUUGGUCUGAGGAAUGCCUCGACACAUAUAUGUUUUGAGAAUUCAGGAUGACAG